AUGGAGGGUGAAUUGGCUUCACACCAGCCAUAUUUGGUUGUUGGAAGUACCGCAGAUUUAGCAGCUCCAGUGGAACCUCAACCUCCUCGUGUACCGCCGACCGUCUCAAACCGCAAACGAAAGGAAAAUGCUCGAAAGAGCAAGGUGGAAAAGCCAAAAAAAAGGUGUACUCCUUUUAAUCCUCCGGGUCGACGCACUCGGACCGAUGAAGGUGCUUCUUCAGCAACAACUACAACGGCCCCCGCACUCGCUCUGUCCGCCCCACCGGCCUCGACCAUGGAAGUUGGUGCUUCGUGUAGUCAACCGAACGCAUCGCAAGGUCCGGAAAUAGCAGAUUUGAUCCCAAACUUCAAGGAUCACAUUUCUUACCGUAUACUUUCCGGAGACGAGCGUGAAGAUUUCAGAACCCAUAACCACACGAAGAAGUUGGUUACAUGGGUGUGCGCGCCGUUCAUUUCAGAGGCUGUCUCGAGGGUCGGCUUGAUGCCACUUGUCACUUCGUCGUACAAUGCUAUAGAUAGUUAUCUAUUGAGGGCAUUUGUGGAAAGAUGGCAUCCUACCACAUGCACGUUUCAUUUGCCUGUUAGGAAGAUGACCAUCACUCUCAAUGAUGUCAGUACACUGAUAGGGCUUCCAGUUGUUGGUCGUGCGGUAGCUUCGAAUCGAUUGCGACAAUCUAAUACGUGGGGAAAGACGUAUGUUGCAAAAAUGCUAGGUGUAUACCCUGAUUCGGAAGCUAUGGGAGCUGGGGAGAGGACAUUGAAAUUGGGAUGGUUACAUCGGACCUUCGGCAAGAUUACCGCGAGGGACUGUGAGAUGAAAAAGUUAUACGCUACUAGGGCGUAUCUUUUGUAUCUCUUAGGUUGCACAAUUUUUGUGGACAAGACGGGCUCGUUGGUUAGCAUUGAGUGGUUGCAGUUUCUUGAGAAUGUGGAUACUAUUGGCGAGUAUGCUUGGGGAACCGCGUGUUUAUGCUUCUUAUAUCGCGCGUUGUCAAAAGCGUCGAAGGCUACAACUGCGCAACUGAACGGAUACUUGACGCUUUUUCAGGCGUGGAUUUACGAGCAUUUCCCAUCCUUCAAUCCAACCUUUCGGCCACAGUUUGAGGGGUACUUGGCCAAUCGAUGGGUGUAUCCGAAAAAUUCGACGACAAGUGUGGAACGAGCACGGCAUUUGCGUUUGAUGUUAGACGAGUUGAAACCGGAUGAGGUUAUAUGGGAUCCAUAUUUCGAACUUCGUGAUCGUUUCCCGAUGCCCGAAUCGGCGUGGUUCAGCGGAAUGUUAUGUUGCUUGGACUUCUUGCAGCCACACCAUCCAGAUAGGGUAUUGCGCCAGUUUAGUCGGGUCCAACAAUUGUACCAACUAUCUUAA